CACAGGCAAGAAGGGAUUAGAUGCAACUAAGAAGCAUAUAUGGUAUAUAAAUACAAAAACUGCAUCAGCUAUAAACAGAACUCAUCAUCAUCGUAUCGACAUGGCCUCAAAGCGAGCAGGUGGAGUUAUUUUUGACCACAAGGCAUGGCUUUCAGAAUUCCGAUCUUCCAAAAAUUUUAGAGAACUUAGAUCGGAAAUAAUGCAACAAACCCUCAAAGCAUGUGAAAGCUUCAAAUACACUUUGGAAGACGGCUCCGAGGUCGUUUUUUCAAAUUACGAAAGUGUCUCGAGAGAUGCAAGAGAAACUACGCUUUACACUGAUGAAGAACCCCCAGGAAGACAUGUAAAGGGAGAUGAGGAUAGUUGUUUUAAAACCGAGGUUAUAGUCGUCAAUGCAGAUUGUCUCGAGGAAGCCAUCCUCUUGAAGAAUAAGGGAUUUAACCCAGCUGUCCUGAACAUGGCUUCACCAAAAAGACCGGGGGGAGGUUACUUAUCAGGAGCAGGCGCACAGGAGGAGAACUUGUUCCGUCGUACAAAUUAUGUGCAACAUUUAGCAGACCCAGAAAAAAAAUUUGAUCCCUCAAGAGAAUGGAAAUACAGAAUUCCAGAGUUCUCAUGCAUCUACUCAAAAAAUGUGUUCAUCAUAAGAGCAUCUGAAGCUGAAGGAUAUAAAUUUCUUGCCAACCCUGUUCCAAUGUCCUUUUUGGCCCUACCAGCAUACCCCAAUCCCACCCUAACAAAAGACAAGAAGAAACUCAUUCCAUUGAUUGCUGAGAACACAAAACGGAAGAUACGUUGCUUGUUGUCAGCUGGUCUGUAUUAUGGUCAUGACUCACUGGUUCUCUCAGCUCUUGGCUGUGGAGCAUUUAGAAAUCCUGCAAGUCACAUGGCCCAGCUUUUCAAGGAUGUAUUGUCCGAAGGCAUAUUUGCCAAUAGAUACAAGCACAUUUCUUUUGCCAUCCUUGAUGAUCAUAAUGCAAGGGGGGAUGGGAAUUUCAAGCCCUUUCUUGAGGUAUUUGCUGACUGCACAUAAAAGUCACAUCAAUUAUUUAGAAGAUCAAGUCUGAAUACAUACUAUGACUUUGCAGUUUACAUUUUAGCUUCAAAACAUUACUAUUGGCAAAUUUAAAAUUUCAAGUCCCUGGCUCAGAAAUUUGGCUCGAAAUCUUAAAUUCCAAAUCAUCUCAAUUAUUGUUAUUCUUUAAACACAAUGGAGACAGAAUUUUAUGAAAAUAAUUUUUGUUUACUGGUACUCUUCAAACAUUUUUUUGAUGGAAUACAGGUUUUAUAACUGUUGCCUAUUCCAGAAGUCAGCUUCUGAGGAUGAGAAACAGUUGGGAAACUAAGAGGAAAAAUGAGGGGACACUAAGGACAGGAAAGGAAGGACCUCCUUAUCUUUCCUCCUAAAUGUCAUUCUAAGAGCCUUGUUAAGGCUAAUUCAAACAGUUCUUGUGGGUUCUUGACCACCUGUAGCUACCCAUUUUGAGAGUUAGUCAAGAUAAGAAAAUGAACAGAUAAAUUAUGAAACUUAAACUCAACAAUUACACCAGAUAUAUGUGACACAUCCUUUAUUAGUAUCACAAAAAGGCAGUGGAAGAAUUUAACUUAACAAAGUUGACCAUCAACUUAAACAAAUAUAUACAGUCUAACUGUGGUUGGGAAGGUUUGUUUUACAAUUAACAUAUUUGAACAGUUUCAACUUCUAAAAUUGUUUAAGUCCAAUAAACAUACUUAAAACCCCUGUUUCUCAUGCAGAUGAAAUAUUUACUAAUAUAUUAUGAUUGUGGAAAAACUAUAUAUAUUAAGUGUCCAGUAGUAAAUAAACUUUCUUAAAGCAUCUUUAGAAAGAAAAUAAUGCAUGGAACC